UGGUCCCGCCUCCGUUUCUCCGUCCCUGCGGCCGGGCGGGGUGAGCGGAGUGAGUGCGCAGGCGCCGUUGCAGCUGGACAGGGCGGACCGCGGGCCACGUGCAACCGCCCCGCCCUCCAGCUACUCCACCAUGAGUUCCUGCGGAGCUGUGGGUUCUGUGCGUGCGCGAUACCUUGUGUUCUUCCAGUACUUGGGCACUGACUUCAAUGGGGUCGCGGCCGUGAGGGGUAACCAUCGCGCUGUUGGGGUGCAGAACUUCCUGGAGGAGGCCGCCAAGAGGCUGAACUCGGUCGAGCCCGUCAGGUUUACUAUCUCCAGCCGCACUGAUGCCGGAGUGCACGCCCUGAGCAACGCGGCACACCUGGACAUCCAUCGCCGCUCAGGCCUGUCGCCUUACUCCCCAGAGGUCGUGGCCCAGGCCCUCAACACCCACCUGAAGCACCGGGCCAUUCGGUGGGCAGACUCAUUCCUGGGAUCUGCUUGCCACAGCGUACUGAAGGCCUUCCGAGUGCCCAAUAACUUCCAUGCUCGCCAUGCAGCUACCUCCAGAACCUACCUAUACCGUCUAGCCACAGGCUGCCCCUGGCCUGAUCAGCUGCCUGUGUUUGAACAAAAUGUAUGCUGGGCUCUUCAGACAACGUGCCUGGAUGUGGCUGCCAUGCAGGAGGCUGCCCAGCACCUCCUGGGGACACAUGAUUUCAGUGCUUUCCAGUCUGCUGGCAGCCCAGCCACAAAUACUGUGCGCACUCUACAAAGAGUCUCCGUGUCUUCUGGUCCAGCCAGCCCAUUUGUCCUCCCCCAGGAGAGCAGCCCAUGUUGGAAGAUGGAUGGCCCAGAGACAGAAUUCAACCUUAAAGUCGUCUUGGUCAGCUUCAAGCAGUGUCUCACUGAGGAGGGAGAGGUGCUGCUGGACCACUAUAUCGCCAGCUGGAAGGGACUAGUCAGGUUUCUGAACAGCCUGGGUGCCGUCUUCUCAUUCAUUUCCAAGGAUGUGGUCUCAAAGCUGCAGAUAAUGGAACAUCUGAGGAACAGCCCACAGUAUGAACACUACACUAGCUUGCAGUCCAUGGUAGCCUAUGAGGUGGGCAACAAGCUGGUGGACAUAGAUAGACGCUCCCGUUCCCGAUACCCUAACUCAGGCUGCCGGACUGUGCUGCGCCUACAUCGUGCUCUGCACUGGCUACGGCUGUUCCUGGAAGGCCUGCACACCAGCCCUGAGGAUGCUCGUACCUCCACACUCUGCAGUGAUGCCUAUAAUGCCACACUGGCUGCCUAUCACUCCUGGAUCAUACGUCAAGCUGUCACUGUGGCUUUCUGUGCCCUGCCCACACGCAAGGUCUUCCUCGAGGCCAUGAAUGUGGGGUCCUCUGAGCAAGCAGUGGAGAUGCUGGGAGAGGCCCUACCCUUCAUUGAGCAUGUGUAUGACAUCUCCCAGAAGCUCUAUGCUGAGCAUUCCCUGCUAGACCUACCUUAGUGGUGGUGCCCAUACUGUGUGGGCUUCUCCUGCUCAGAACUGGGCUUGAGCAACCUGGGACUACUCCCACAGCAGUGCUUUCUGGAUGCUACUGUCAUCCCUGAAAGCUGAACUUGCUGAGAACCACAGGCUGUGAACCAAGUGAGGUGGAUGCUAGUCAUGCUCUUGGUCCAGGAUGAGACACUUGAACUCCAAUUUUGCCCUCUACUUUAGUUAUGUGUGUGUUCAGUCAGGCCUUAUUGAAAUCCAGAUGGCAAACAGAGAAGAUGGGGGAGGAGGGUUAUGUUCUACCUCCGAUGUGUGUAAUCUGAAAUGGUAUAAGGGCACAGGACCCUGGAGUUGAGGUUCUGUCUCCCCCACAGUCAACAUGCCCAGCCAAUGUGUAUCCUUCCUGUGCCCAUCUUGAGCCUGAGACAUGGCACCAGUGCCAGGCAAAUAGCCCUGGGUCUCAUAUUCCAAAAGCUGUCCUUGGGUAAGAUGGAGUUCCUUUGGCAGUGACAUGAGCACUGAAGACUUUUCCCUGCCCUUCACCUGCCUCCUUGUUAGCCUCUCUGUAUAUCAAACAGGCCUUUGUCUCCUUGGAAAUGGAAACCAUCUGAAACUGCUAGCUGAGACUUCCUUAGGAAAACCUGCUCUGGUCAGUGCAGCCUGCCUCAUAGCUUCUGCAAUAUAGUAGCAUCAGCCUUCAGAAGGUGACCUCCUGCAGUGGUGCUCUUGCAGUACAUGCACCCCCAAGAUUCUAAGAUGUCAAUACUAAUUGGCCAAACCAUUGUUUGGCCUCUCUCUAGCCAGCCUUGCUGCUCCUGUUACCAUGGUACUCAGGUGACAUAGAACAGGACUUGUGGAAAAGGGCUGGGCCCCCUUGUCUAGCUGACAGGUGACCAUACCCAGCAUGGUUGACACCCAGUGCGUAAGACCCUAACCUCUCCCACUGGGUCUUAAUGUUAAACCCCAGACAGUGUCCCCAGUGUAAGUGAUGUGUAUAAAUGCAAACUUUGGGACAUAUCUCUUUCCUCAAGAACUAUGAUAUAUGUUGUAUUUCCAACAUAAAUAAAUUACACCUACAUGA